ACACACGAAUUGUGACAAAGCCCAGUCAACGCCAUAUUUUGUGAAGUUCUAAAGCUAUAAAGCGGAGAAGCUCAUCCCAGCAAACUCUCUUUCCAAGUUCGUAACCAGUGCGAUAUCUACUAUACAUCAUUCGAUCCAGUUCAUUUUCGAUUUCAAAAGGCAUUACAUUUACAACCAAGUCCGUAACUAUAUAUAUUAAUAUAACUGUGCAUGUGUCUGUGACUGAAUUGAGCCGAGAAUGGCUGCUGGGGGCCAACAGAUAUCAUCAUUUUUAUCUGAGGACGGAAAAAUAUAUGAACUCUCUGAAACUAUCAAUGCUCCUGAGAACUAUGGUGAGCUUGGCCUUGCUUUAUUAGAAUCCAAUGCUGAGGUUGCCAAUAUUAUUGGAAAAACGUCGGUUGACUAUAAAAAUGUUGUUUUCAAGUGCUUUAUUAAAUGGAGAGAUGCAAAUGGAUGUGGAGAUGGCCAGUGCAGGGAAAUGAUUAUGAUUCUAAACAAGUUUGGAUUGACAGAUGUUGCAACCUGGUUUCAAAAAAGACAAGGAGAACAACCAAAUUGUUUGGGUAAUGAUAGAUUUUUGCUGGACUUGUCCUCCCAGAUUGACUGCCCAAAGUACGCUGAUCCACUUGGCCGGAAACUCACAGGAAGCGAUGUUGAAUAUUCCAACUUAGUUGGUGGCAAUAAACCACCAAACUACAAAGAAGCUCUCUUUCAGUGCUUUAUAAGGUGGAGGAAUAGAGAAGGAUCAAGCCUCGAAUCAUCCAAGAAACUUCAGAAAAUUCUACGCGAACAGAGAUUAAGCAUCGCUGUCAAGACGUUGGAAGAAUUUGAGCCAUCUCUCCCAAAGAAUGUUAAGGAUCCAAUCAUCACACAAUGUUCAGAAGAAACAGGGGAGCCAGAAGCAGGAGUCCAUACCAAAGGCCACAUGAAUCCUUGUGAAGAAAAUACAUCGGGGCUCAGGUCUUUUGAGCCCCUGAAUCGCACAAAACCGGUUUGGAAACCUUGAAAAUGCGCCCCCAAAACUCCCCAUUCUCUUCCAUGUUAACGCUUUCCAAUGUUGCAGAUUUAGGCAAUAGGUUGUGAAAAUCCCCCCCCCAAAAAAAAAAAAAAAUAA